AUGUCGUGGUGUAUCGUGAAGAAUUGUAUUAAAAAUAAUGAAAAUAGAAAUGACAAAAUUCCAACAUUCCAAGUGCCUCGGGAUGAAAACNUUGUUCGACAAGAAGACGGUUACAUAAAAUGGGAGUAUUUUAAACACCUUUAUGAUGUUGAUACGUCUCUGCCUGGGAACGCAAGACUGUGUCCAAAGAUUUCGAGGAGACACGUUGAGUUGGACAACACGGGUAAAAUGCGUGUGAAAUUUGCAACGCAAAUUUUCAGUAAGCCCGUAGCCGUUGGCUUACAAAUGUAUCGGUUACGAAAGUACAAAGAAUUUGAUGGCUGCGAAGCGACUGCUGAUUUUUCUCUCAGACUGAACAAUAUUUUCGACGCACUCAACCGAAAACAGCCAAAUGAAGGACUUACACCGAUAUCUCCGGAUUACAAGGUAUUGACAGACACUCUUGUAUGGCUUAAUGAAUGGGAGAACAACAGUAAUAGAAAUAUCAUCCCGGAAAUAGAAUUUCUGACUAAAGAGACAGCACACG